AAAAAUAUCCCCCUCACCGACUGGAGGAAAAUAAAGACUGCGUGCGCCGACUGGGUCCCGUCAGCCACGCUAGUGUUCCUGGUCCGAGUGAUGGACGGGGGGCAGAGGGUCCACUCGCCAAUAAACCCUAAAGAUAUACAAGUGAUCGUUAAGUCCAUUGCAGAUAAAGGGCUUAAUUCUGCCAUGGUUUCCACCCUCAUAGGUGGUGUCUUUGGGGGAGACAAUAUGCUCCUGUUUGACAUAAAACAAACUUGUAGAUUGAUCUUUGAUGGGGCAGGGAUGAUUGUUUUUAAACAAGAAUGGGAGGACAACUGUGCAAGACAAUUAGCCCAAAUGACCGGGGCCGAUCACCCGCUACAUGGCUCCAGCCUGCAGUGGCUGAUGGGUACAGAUCCAACAAUGAUUACCCCCCAGGCACAGGCCCAGGGCCUGCGGGCCCAUGAAGUUAUGACAACUACUCGCGCGGCUAGAGAAGCUAUUUGCACUGCCUCUAGAGUUAUUGUCAAGCCAUCACCAUGGUCCACGAUUAAACAAAAUGAGAGUGAGAGCUUUACGCAGUUUGUGGAUCGCCUUCAGGCAGUGGUUGACUCUUCAACCCUGCCCGCAGAAGCGAAAGGCCCUGUUGUUGCAGAUUGCUUACGUCAGCAGUGUAAUUCGGCCACCAAAGAGAUCCUACAAUCACUGCCAGUGGGGUCAAGUAUCACAGACAUGAUCAAGCAUGUCGCGAAGGAAGAGCAUCUAGCCCCAAUUCAGGUAGCUGUUCCCACUGCAAUAGCUAAUGUGAUGGCAUGUUUUAAAUGUGGUCAGGUGGGCCACGUGGUGGCAAACUGCCUUCGGUUGGGGGACCUAUCCACAGUGCUCCCCCCGCGCCAAAAUCGACAAAGAGGACCGUGUUGGGCCUGUGGAAAGAAAGGACAUUUCGCCAAAGAAUGCAGAUCUAAAAACCAGGGAAACGGAAAGGGGAGAGGGCACCCGUGCUGCACACAGCUCUCUCCCACUUUGGACAUGAGGCAGCCCAGUUAUGCCAACCCCGGAUGGGGCGAAGCACUCCCGAACCCGCUGCCCCCUCAAGAAACGACCAAUUUCACGGUCCAACCGACAAUCCAUUCAAACCAGUCCCUACCUCAAAGACAACAACAACCGUCUCUUGGGGGCGAGACCCCAGGGUGGCCCUGGCAGUAAAAUGCGAUAGCCCGCCAGUGGUGUCCGCUUAAGUCCAUCAAACCAGACCUCCAGAA